AGUCAUUUAGGUAACAGACCUCGGGCCCGGGGCUCAGGCCACUGCACGGACCCAGGGAACGGGCUGACAGUCCAGUGGAGGCCUCAGCGAGGCGGCGGCGCUGCGCAUAAACCUGAGGACCUAGGCGGGUGAGGCGGAACCGACCCUCUCGGCCAUGGGAGGGGCCGUGGUGGACGAGGGCCCCACAGGCGUCAAGGCCCCCGACGGUGGCUGGGGCUGGGCCGUGCUCUUCGGCUGCUUCGUCAUCACCGGCUUCUCCUACGCCUUCCCCAAGGCCGUCAGCGUCUUCUUCAAGGAGCUCAUGCGGGAGUUUGGGAUCGGCUACAGUGACACAGCCUGGAUCUCCUCCAUCCUGCUGGCCAUGCUCUACGGGACAGGCCCACUCUGCAGUGUGUGCGUGAACCGCUUUGGCUGCCGGCCCGUCAUGCUUGUGGGGGGCCUCUUUGCGUCCCUGGGCAUGGUGGCUGCGUCCUUUUGCCGGAGCAUCAUCCAGGUCUACCUCACCACUGGGGUCAUCACUGGGUUGGGUUUGGCGCUCAACUUCCAGCCCUCGCUCAUCAUGCUGAACCGCUACUUCAGCAAGCGGCGCCCCAUGGCCAACGGGCUGGCGGCAGCAGGCAGCCCCGUCUUCCUGUGUGCCCUGAGCCCGCUGGGGCAGCUGCUGCAGGACCGCUACGGCUGGCGGGGCGGCUUCCUCAUCCUGGGCGGCCUGCUGCUCAACUGCUGCGUGUGCGCCGCACUCAUGAGGCCCCUGGUGGCUGCGGCCCAGCCGGGCUCGGGGCCGCCACGAUCCUCCCGGCGCCUGCUAGACCUGAGCGUCUUCCGGGACCGCGGCUUCGUGCUGUACGCGGUGGCCGCCUCGGUCAUGGUGCUGGGGCUCUUCAUCCCGCCCGUGUUCGUGGUGAGCUACGCCAAGGACCUGGGCGUGCCGGACACCAAGGCCGCCUUCCUGCUCACUGUCCUGGGCUUCAUUGACAUCUUCGCGCGGCCGGCUGCGGGCUUUGUGGCGGGGCUUGGGAAGGUGCGGCCCUACUCCGUCUACCUCUUCAGCUUCUCCAUGUUCUUCAACGGCCUCGCGGACCUGGCGGGCUCCACGGCCGGCGACUACGGCGGCCUGGUGGUCUUCUGCAUCUUCUUCGGCAUCUCCUACGGCAUGGUGGGGGCCCUGCAGUUCGAGGUGCUCAUGGCCAUCGUGGGCACCCACAAGUUCUCCAGCGCCAUCGGCCUGGUGCUGCUGAUGGAGGCGGUGGCCGUACUCAUCGGGCCCCCAUCAGGAGGUAAGCUCCUGGAUGCGACCCACGUCUACAAGUACGUGUUCAUCCUGGCGGGGGCCGAGGUGCUCACCUCCUCCCUGAUUCUGCUGCUGGGCAACUUCUUCUGCAUUAGGAAGAAGCCCAAGGAGCCACAGCCCGAGGUGGCGGCCGCGGAGGAGGAGAAGCUCCACAAACCUCCUGCAGACUCGGGGGUGGACUUGCGGGAGGUGGAGCAUUUCCUGAAGGCUGAGCCUGAGAAAAACGGGGAGGUGAUUCACACCCCGGAAACGAGUGUCUGAGUGGCUGGGCGGGGCCGGCAGGCACAGGGAGGAGGUACAGAAGCCGGCAACGCUUGCUAUUUAUUUUACAAACUGGACUGGCUCAGGCAGGGCCAUGGCUGGGCUCCGGCUGCCGGCCCAGCGGAUCGUCGCCUGAUCAGUGUUUUGCGGGGGAAGGUGGCGGGGUGGGAACCAUGUCAUUCCAGAGUGGAUCUGUGGUGAAACCAAGCCACAAGGUUACAAGGCAUCCUCACCAGGGGCCCCGCCUGCUGGUCCCAAGCAGCCUGCGGCCACUGCUAUGCUCAAGGACCUAGAAACCCGCACUGCAAGACAACGUGACUUUAAUGGGAGGGUGGGCUGCGGACAGGCUGGCAGGGCAGGUGCUGCGUGGGGCCCUCUCCAGCCUGUCCUACCCUGGACUCUCACAUGGGGCCUGUGCCCACCCUCUAGUGUCUUGGGGACAGCUCCUUCCACCCCUGGAAGGUGGAAAUAAACCUGGAUGUGGGUGGAGCGUCAGGACAAUGGUUUCCUA